GCCUUUCAUGACCGGGACGCCUCCAAAAAGAUACCAACUUCACUUUUCUCUACACGUUACUCCACGUUAUGGCCGCUGCAGCGCGGCUGUUUGCUAUGCUAUGAAUUAUGUAGUCCAGCGUUUUAAAAUGACUUCUCCUUAUUUCGCUGUCACUCGUAAAGGAAAACAAGCAGCUGCGGUGUCUCUCGGGUCCAAACUCAGCAGCAGACGGAGGGACGUGGAGUCGAUUCCCUGCGUGGAGGUGAAGGUGGAGGCAGAGGAGCAGGAGACCUCGUCGGUCCCUUUGGCAGCGGGCUAUGACGUCAACCUCCAGGUUAAAACAGACCCGCCUCCUCUGCGGCUGACACGCAGUAGGAGGAGACCCUUGAAGGUGGAAUAUGAGGAGGUUGAAGGAGCUUCACGUGUGAAGACGGAGCACUGGGAGCCUCCUGACUGGAAGAAACAAUUAGGAUUCAUCCGUGAGAUGAGGAGCGGCCGCGAUGCGCCUGUGGACCACCUGGGAGCAGGGAAGUGCUACGACAGGGACGCCCCCGCACCUGUGAGACGUUUCCAGGUGUUGGUGUCGCUCAUGUUGUCCAGUCAGACCAAGGACCAGGUGACAGCGGCGGCGAUGCGGAAGCUCCGGGCACACGGCUGCACGGUGGAGAACGUCCUGGCCACUGAUGACGACGCGCUGGGCAAACUCAUCUACCCCGUCGGCUUCUGGAGGACCAAGGUGAAGUAUCUGAAGCUGACGGCCGCCAUGCUGCAGAAGGACUUCGGAGGCGACAUACCAAACUGUGUGGAGGGACUCGUCCGCCUGCCCGGAGUCGGGCCCAAAAUGGCUCAUCUAGCUAUGGACAUUGCUUGGGAUCAAGUGUCAGGCAUCGGUGUGGACACACAUGUGCACCGCAUCUCAAACAGGCUGGGCUGGCUCAGGAAAGCAUCCAGGAACCCCGAGGAAACGCGCAAGGCUCUGGAGGAGUGGGUACCGAGGGAGCUGUGGAGCGACAUUAACUGGCUGCUGGUGGGUUUUGGGCAGCAGGUUUGUCUCCCUGUCGGCCCGCUCUGUUCUGUGUGUCUGAACCAGCACAGCUGUCCAUCGGCCCACAAGAGCUCUCCACCAAAGAGGCCCAGGGUUGGUUCACCACGCUCCCUAAACCCGACCACUACCUUCAAAGCUGAAAGUGACGCAGGGCAGGAAGCCCCUCGUAACAGUCGGAGGACAAAGACGGAGCCACUGCCUUCACCCGUUUCCACAGCCACACAGAGAAGGAGGCUAAAAGCUGAGGUCCACCCCUAAAUUAUGCUCACCACCAUCAUGCAUGUGCAGUAAGGUUUGCAUUGUAAAUAUACUUUUGUAUUUUAUUAGAUGAUACAUUUUGUACUGCGCUUAUGUUUUUAUAAAAAAUGUUGAAAAACA